CUUGAAACUAUUCAUUCAGUUCGCGGGGGAAAAAGCUCUUUUCCCGGACACGGACGUCCGGCCCUUGCCUUACAGCAGAGAAAGACAACCAACCGGCUGUUAUUAGCAGUAUUACUAUUUCGAGAGACCUCCCAAACGUUCGUAAAAAUUCUUGGGCUGGGCUGGCAGUUUCUUUUUUCUUUUGGUUACCAACAAAUAGCUUUAUUCCAUUUUUAGAGGUUUAAGACGCACUGACUAGAGAUAUUUUUGUGAGGUUUAACGUGUUUUAAAAAUUCAGCUACCCGUAUUCAAAGUGGAAAGUGGAAAACAGAAACAAUGAGUGGUUCUAAAUCUGAAGAAAUAACCGAAGAGCUUGCAAGUGUGUUGAAAAGUUGCGGAGAGAAAAAUGAAAAAAGCAAAUCUCGCAAAAAAGAAAUGCGAAAUGUGGAAGUACUUCUGAAAUCAAUGAACAAUUUAUCAUUUGAAGAAAAAUUGAAGGUGUUUACUCAUAAAUAUGCUGAAUUACUGGAAGAAAAUGGAGCAAAUCUUUCUAACCUGAAAGUCUAUGAAAAACACAUUCAAGUUUUACAGAAGGAAAAAGAACAGCUCCAGAUGGAAAAUGGAAAGUCUCUGUUAGCUCGUUCAAGGUUAGAAGAGCUCUGUCGUGAACUCCAGAGACAAAAUAAGAUUAUUAAAGAAGAGAGUAUGGUACGUGUUCGUGAAGAAGAGGAACGCAGGAAAGAAGUGUCUACAAAAUUUCAAUCUACACUUGCUGAAGUUUCAGCCUUGCUCCAACAGAAUAAUGAUAAAAAUCAAAAACUAAGAGAUGAGAAUACUGAAAUGGCUACAAAGCUACAGAUGCUGUGUGACCAAUACAGCUUGAGAGAACAGCAUCUGGAGAAACUAGGAAAACAAUAUGAUAUUGAACGACAACUAAAUGAAGCCAAACUGGCCAAAAUACGAAUGGAUUCAGCAGAGACAAAAGAGAAAAUGCUGAAAGAAAAACAGACACUGUUACUGGACCUUACCGAAUAUCAAAAGAAAUGUCAGGUGAUGCAGGAAGAUGAAGUUGCCUUACGUCACCAGCUGUCAAUGUACACGGACAAGUACGAUGAUUUUCAAAAGGCAUUAAAAGCUAGCAACCAGCAAUUUAAUGGCUUCAAGAGUCAAAUGGAUGAGAUGACUAAAAAACUUAAAAGCCUUGAAAAAGAAACCGCACAAUGGAAGCAACGUUGGGAGAAAAGUAAUUGUUUACUUACUGAAAUGGCACUUGAAAAGAAGCAGAGAGAUUCGGAGCUUUUAAAUACCACAAAACAGUUGGCGCAGCUUGAGAAACUUUGUAGAGCAAUGCAAACAGAAAGGGCCUCUUUAAUCGCAGAAAUAAAAUCCAAUAAAACGCGCCUAGCAGCCGAGCUCGAAGCGUCUCCAAGCCAUGAAGAUAGUCAUUCAGGAAAUAUUUCAACAGCAAGCCCUAAAGUAUUGGAUUUGGAUUUCGUCGAGCAACCUCGCAUAAACUUGGACACAAAUGUGUGUCACGGAAAUGGCGAAAAAAAUUUGGGAAACUCACAGGAAGUUGAGAAAAAUAUUCCGCCACUCAUUUCUUGUGACGUUACGUGUGAAGUUCAAAAUGCGCCGGAUCCAACAGGAUGUUCCGCAGAUUCGUCUUUCGGAAAUAGCGUUUUAAGCCAAUCGAAAUCUCAAGUGCAGCCGCCUUCAUCAUCUGAAACUACUGAAGUGAGAGCUACCGCGGAUUCGUCUUCUCAGGAUUCUGUUGUUUAUAACUAGUCAUGAACAGAACAAAAUACAAUACUUAUGAGUU